AUGACUCUACGAACCGUUCUCACUAGGACCGUCGUCAGACUCCCACGAGUUACCGCUUUCCGCCCCUCGGCUUCUCUCAUCAUGAACAGAGGAUACAGCGCGGGAGAUACCGGUGGCAUCCGAUACGGAGGAGAGCAAGCUGGAGACUCCUUCACACGCCGUGAGAAGGCCCAGGAGGACUUUUUCAUCAAACAGCGUGAGAAGGAAAGACUCUCAAAGCUCAGAGAAAAAUUAGCCGCCCAGAGGAAGCACCUAGACGACCUUGAGGAAGAUAUCAAGGAAUUGGAGAAGCAUGCCGGUGGCGAGCACAAUUAG